AACAGCGGCAUCUGGGAGGGAGGGGAAAGAAACAAGCCCCGAGAAAACGGAGGGGAGGAGAAAAGAACCAGGAGCGCAGCGAGGAGGACGUGAACACACUGGAGAGGAGGACGCUGCUGCUUCACUGAGGACCUUGUGAUUGGAUGUAGAGAGAACCACUGACUACCAGUAUGGACGUGCUCCAUCCUGGAUUUUCCCAUAAUCCUUAGUUGUCAGAUCUGCAGCUGAGUCUACUGAGCCCUGAACCGUGACCAGCACCAGUCUGGGACUGACCUCCUGUCAGCUGAUCUCUUUUGUGCCAUGAUGAUGUCGGUAGAUGUGACCAAUCGUAAUGGCCCCACUGCCACGCCACCCACCUCACUCAGCCUUCGCUCCUCUCACAACCAGCUGCUCAGCAGUGAUGUCAACAAACAGGGCUCCGCCACUCCGCCUAAAUGUCGUAAAAAGUAUGCACUUACCAGUAUCCAAGCUGCCAUGGGUCUCGGAGAAACAGUGCCAUCUUCAUCAUCACCGUUAUCAUCACCAACACAAUCUUCAACCCCUAAUAAUCCCAAACUAGCCAAGAAUGGAGUCAACCAACUUCGUAAGGCUGGUCAGGAUCAUAACAAAAAUACAACAGGCCCCGAUCCACCGGACCUACAGUGUGAUUCAGAAACUGUAACACAUGACAUUAAUGUCAACACUGAGGAGGAUGAUAGUCACCCUCUCACCAAUAAUGACAGAGAAGAUGAUGUCAUUAAACUAGAUGUGGAGCUCCAGCCUGACACUAACACUGAUGCAGAGGCAGAGCAGAAAACAGAAUCAGACAUAGACUGUAGAAGUGUGGAGCUCAAACUGAAUGGCAACACAGCAGAUUUGGGCUUUGAUUUAAACAUUGAAGCAGAGGAGAGUGAUGACAUCAGCAUUCUGUCAGAGAAGGAAAUUCUUUCAAAGAUGAAGACUGAAGAAGACUCUGAUGAGUUGGUAGUGGAGGAGCAGGAUGAUGAGAAGAAGCCUUUACUGAUGAUGAAAAGUGAGUCGCCAGCAAAGAACCAUAAGGUUUCUUCAGGCCUGGAACUGAUCUCUGACCUCCACCCCAACCUCAAACUUCUCAAAUCAGGCAAAGAUUCUCCAGUGCCUCCUCCACCGUCUCCACCCAGACAGACUAGUCCAGAGGACACACCCUUGCUCUCUGUGGCCUCCUGCUCCUCCUCCUCUUCCUCCUCCCCAGAGACGAAGAAGGAUAGAAGGACUGGCGCAAAGACAGACUGUGCUCUGAACCGCAUCCAAAAUCUGAACCCCAGUGACGAAGAGUUGAGCUGGACCACCCUAUCCCAGGAGAGCAACUCCCCGGAGGAGACAGAUAUCUGGAGUGAGCAGUCAUUCCAGACUGACCCUGACCUGCCUCCAGGAUGGAAGAAGAUCACAGACAUGGCUGGUAUCUACUACUGGCACAUUCCUACAGGCACCACACAGUGGGAGAGGCCUGCCACCCACCCUGCACCCCCUGGACAGACAGAGUCUCAGGCCCUGGGUGACCACACAGCCUCCACACUACGUAAACACUCUGUGGGCUCACUCAGCCCCUCACCCACUCCUGACCAUGAGUCGUGCCAGGCAGAGGUCUUCUUCAGGGCGUCAACUCGAUCAGGCAGCACCACUUCCGACAGUUCAGUAGAGCCUCUCUCCACUCACGAGUCCACCCUCCCCACAUGCGGAUUUGUCAACAGCUGCUACUUUCCCCGCUCCACAUCUCUACAGGGGAUGCCUGAUCAAGAAAGUCGUUCCUUUCACCAUGAGGAUGAGGACAGGAAACAGGUGUGGAGUGAUUUUGGCGGAAAGAUUGAUAGUGAAGUGUGGAAGGACCUGCAGGCAGCUACAGUGAACCCUGACCCAAGUCUGAAGGAGUUUGAGGGUGCUACACUUCGCUACGCAUCACUUAAGCUAAGGAACCGUCCAGCAGCAGAAGAAGAGGAGUCUAGCAGUAUCAACAGUGAUCCAGAAGCAAAGUGUUUUGCCGUUCGCUCUCUGGGAUGGGUCGAGAUGGCGGAGGAGGACUUGGCUCCUGGGAAGAGCAGUGUUGCUGUUAACAACUGCAUCCGACAGCUGUCCUACUGCAAGAACGACAUCAGAGACACUGUUGGCAUCUGGGGAGAGGGGAAGGACAUGUACCUGGUGCUGGAGAAUAACAUGUUAAACCUAGUAGACCCCAUGGACCGCAGCGUGCUUCACUCUCAGCCAAUUGCAAGUAUCCGAGUCUGGGGUGUUGGCCGAGACAAUGGCAGAGAGAGGGACUUCGCAUAUGUGGCGCGGGAUAAAAACACCAGGAUCCUGAAAUGUCAUGUGUUCCGCUGUGACACGCCAGCCAAAGCCAUCGCCACCAGCCUGCAUGAGAUCUGCUCCCGGUCUGUUCCUAACCCUCUUCAUCCAAUCCUUCUUUUUCCACAGAUAAUGACGGAGCGAAAGAAUGCUAAAGCGAUGGCAGGAGGCUCUCUCCAGGACAGGAUGCAGGCAGGACUUGAUCUUCCUUUACAAGCAGAGUUUCCCACACCAAAGACAGAGCUGGUCCAGAAGUUUCAGGUGUACUACCUUGGAAUGCUGCCCGUGGUCAGACCAAUAGGUAUGGAUAUACUGAAUGGAGCCAUAGACAGUUUAAUUGGCUCCUCCAACAAAGAGGACUGGACUCCAGUAGCACUCAACGUGGCAGAUGCUACUGUCACCAUCAGCAAAGACAAGGAUGAACAGGAAGUGCUGGUGGAGUGUCGCGUGCGUUUCCUCUCCUUCAUGGGUGUUGGACAUGAUGUGCACACGUUUGCCUUCAUCAUGGACGCUGGCGGCCAUCGUUUUGAUUGUCACGUGUUCUGGUGUGAGCCCAACGCUGGGAGUGUGUCGGAGGCUGUUCAGGCAGCUUGUAUGCUCCGGUACCAGAAAUGUUUGGUAGCCCGACCCCCCUCCCAGAAGGCCUGUGGUUCAUCUCCGCCCGGUGACUCCGUGUCCCGUCGGGUCUCGACCAGCGUGAAGAGAGGCGUCCUGUCGCUCAUCGACACCCUCAAACAGAAGAGACCAGUCACGGAGUUGCCGCAGUAACCGUGGUUGCCAGUACCAACCCUCCGCUACAGCCCCCAAUCACUAUGGUAACUAGUUGCAUCGCUGCAGAAACACCUCACCGCCAGAGACCCCAGUAACCAUGGAAACACAGUAAAGCCCGAGGGUUUUUGGGAAAUCCUGUCACGAUUCCUUCGUUUCCUGGAGCAAAUUGGAAUUUCAACUCAAGAGUUUAUCAGCUCUCGAGCAGCAAUUCACAUCUGUCUCCUCGAAAUAACUGAGAGGAAACAAAACUCACCCACAUCUAGAAGGAACAACCACAAUAAAACACGUGAAUGAUGAUCAUAACGGUGUUUAUGUACAUAGAAGUAACUCUCAUCCCCCUUAAGCACAGAGACGUGUGAGGAAAGAGAGCCAAACACUGAAGAAUAAAGAAGUGCUCCUUCAAGCACAGCACGUGUGAUGAGUGAACUCAUUGCUGCCCAAACUGCUGAUCUCCAUACUCUUGUUGUAUUUGUGUCUGUGCCUGUGCUGCCAGCAUGACCUCGCACACCUGGCCACACCCCCUGUCAUCCACCUGGUUGUCCUGUUAGUCUGUAGUGGCUUUUUCCCCCUCUGUCCCCUUUUUCCUCUGUAGACAGUAAAGUCACCUGACGUGAAGAAAUCAGGAGUCUGAUUCAGUAAUUGGAUUAAGAUGCAGAACAGACCUGGGCCUUUCUGCCCCUCCUCUACAGCACACGCUAACCUGUUAAACUGAUCCUGCAUGAAAUUUUUAUAUCAUAGUGAUGCAUUCUUGACAAUAUCAAUACACUGCUGCUGCUGCUGCUGCUGCUGCUUUCAGAGACCGAGGGGGUGAGAAAUCAGAAGCCACCAUGUUUUCCUUUUCUUCUUCAGCCCAGAGGGUCGGAACGAGCGGUGAACUUUCACCCGAAAGCAUUGCUCAUGUACUUCCUGUGUAGUUUUUUUUUUUUCCUCUCUCUUUCUAUCCUUUGUUACCCCUUGGAAGAUGACAGACGAUAGCCAUAAUGGAGGUAGAGAUGGAGGGAUGGAGCGAGUGCACCCCCCAUCCCCCUGGUAAACUGUACCAGACUGCUGCUCUAGACAGGCUGCUGCUCUUUGAUACACAUGCUGGAGGUGGUUGGACCGAUUAUUCCUUUAAAUCUCACCUCAGUGUUAAUCCUCGGAGACUUCAUGUCCACUAAUAAAAGAGGAUGGAAAUGAGGCGAGAGGAACCAAGACUGAAGGAAUGUGUUUUUAUACGUGGGGAAUGGCUGCGACGAUUGUUUGUGCACAGCUGGUGAGAAGGAGAGAAACUGACUGUGGUCUCCAGAUGUUUUGGAGAGUAAUGCCGACAAAGAGGCUCAACACUAACAAGACUUUCCUGGGCUACUAUCUAUCUGUCUCCAGGGUUCUGUUCACUUGAAUGCGCCUUCUCUGUUUUUUUGUUUUGUUUUGUUUUGCAUUGCCUACAGUACUUACUGUACAUCUGUUUUCAUCAGUGCCACCAGAUCUUACUUUUGGUUUGUUUUUAUUUGUGUUUUUUCUCCCAUAAAUCUCAGUUCAGCACUGCUGGCUCCUUAUAUAUCCACAUAUCCACAUUUGACUGUUUGAUAAUAAUGAAGUCCUUCAUAUUUCAGAUUCGUUUCCAAUAGUAUGGAUGUUUUUCUUCCUGAAGAUGAACAAAAACGUAAUAAUACUGAAUACACUCCAUUAUUAACAGUCAUGUAUGUGGAUGAGGUUGAAGGUGCGAGGAUUGUAACUGAGAUUUUGGCAAGAAAGUUAAACCACAUCACCUUCUUUUAUCAAAAGGAUGUUGAAAUGUGAAUAAAAUGAUAAAUGUGUGUGUACAUAAUAUCCAUUUAAUGUAACCUUUGGCAUUAAUCAUUGUUAUAAGCUAUCUUUUCAUUUCUGAAUGUCUUUUAUUUGUCUUUUCUAUUAUUUUCUUGUAUUGAAAUGCCUUUUUUGAGAACUCACCAAAUGGCCAAAGUGUAAAAUAUUGAUAUACAAUGUUGUAGAUAAGAAAAAUAUGAGAGCAAAUAAUAGAAAGGAGAGGCGAUUGGAAAUUUUCACAGUUGUCAGUUAAGUUGAUACUGAAUAUAACUGAGCAAUUAUCUAUGCAUUCUUUUGAUCUUGAGAAAUGGAAAGUCGUACAAAGCCUUGCAUGCCCGCGGACGGUUGAAAGAACAACUGUAUGUAUUGAACAGAAAUAUUUUUUAUUUUAUUUAUUCUAUUUUGUAAAGGUAUAUACUGAUUUUAUUAGUUGGGGCAAGUAAAGUCUGUUGACUCUGUAUCAUUGUCUCAGUCUCUGGUUAACUCACAGCACUACAACAGGCUCUGCUCUGCAGUUAAAGACAGAUAAAGGAAAAUACCUUCACCUUGUACAGUGCUAUAAGAGCUGGGAGUCAACUGCUGCUCAGAAUGACAAACAGCAGAAGGAAGAGCAGGAAGAGGAUGAUGGCAACAGCAGUGGACUCCCAGUGUCUCUGUCAACUUCACACGCAUAAUCAAAUACAAACACACACUCCAUUUCCCUCAGAUGGAUGUGUUGCUUCCGUUUGCUGCUCACUGAUUUGUACACUUUAUCAAUGUAACCAACUGUGAGAAUAAACAGCAUUAUAAAA